CCUAGAAGAGGAGGGAACAGGAAAGCAAGGCUCCCUUGCAGAAGUUGUAGCCCGUCCCUGCCAACCCAAGCAGACCGAAGCGAGCGAAGAGAGGAAGAGGAGAGAGAGGGAGUCAUCAGCAUGGCGACGGCGACCUGCAACGCGUGCAACGUGAGGUUCGUCGACGACGAGCAGAAGCGGCUCCACUACCGCUCCGACUGGCACUGCUUCAACCUCAAGCGCAAGGUUGCCGGAGUUCCUGGCGUGACCGAGGCUCUGUUCUUGGCCUGGCAAGCCGCAUUAGGGGAGGGGAGCACCCUCACGGGCACUCCGAUCCAAUACGGCUGCGCUCUGUGCGGGAAGGAGUACAGGAGCUCGAGAGCUCACGCGCAGCAUCUCAGCUCGCGAUCGCAUCUUAUGAGAGCCUCUGAUGAGGGGCCCGAUUCCUCCAUUGCUGCUGGAAUCGCAGUCGUCAAGCUCAAGCCACCUGCUGAGCGCAGAGGCGGCCCGGCUGCGGUGGAAGAGGAGGAAGAGUGGGUUGAAGAGUUGGAUGAUGAAUCUACUUCAGACAUGCAAGUGGAUGAGGAUUCCUUCGGAUGUGAUGGAGAAGCUGAAGAGUUUGACACCUUGCUCUGUUUCAUGUGUGACCUCAAGCAUGAGACAGCAGAAGACUGCAUGGUUCAUAUGCACAAGAAGCAUGGGUUCUUCAUACCUGACAGUGAAUACUUGAAGGAUCCCAAUGGCCUUCUUACCCAUGUUGGGCUGAAGGUGAAGCGGGAUUUCAUCUGCCUCUACUGCAAUGACAGGCGCCAGCCCUUUCAGAGCCUAGAGGCUGUCAGGAAACACAUGAACGCAAAGGGCCAUUGCAAAUUGCGGUAUGGAGAUGGUGGUGAUGAUGAAGAUGCUGACCUGCAGGAUUUCUACGAUUACAGCAGCAGUUAUGUUGAUGUCGAAGGUAAGCAGUUGAUUGCCGCUGAUGGUGUUAACAACAACAUCGAGCUUGGAAUUGGCGGGUCAGAGCUGGUAAUCACAACCAAGAGUGGUAAAGGAACUCGUGUCAGAACUCUUGGUUCUCGGGAAUUUACCCGCUAUUACCGCCAGAAGCCACGGCCAUCGGCUGUGACAAACUGUGCUCUUGCACUCUCCCUGCCAUCCAGCUACAAGAGCAUGGAUUUGGUGGCAGUUCAGUCUAAAGAGCAAAGUCUAAGGAUGAAAGUUGCCUGAGCAAUUUCAGUUUUUUUUUAAUGUGAGCAACGAACACGAGUGAGGCCGACGAAUCAAAAUCAGGAAGGGUGAUGAUGCAUACAUCGAUGAUUUUGGAUGGGACUUGUAACAUAUAGUUCACUCUAAUUAGUAUAAUAAUAUAUUAAGUGGGAUGGUCAAUGAGUUAGGACAAUUACCCAACCAAACAAAAAGAUCGUUAUUAUUUUAACAUGAAUCAAAUGAUACAACUAACCGAACACAUCAGUGUGACUCAAAACCAAAAUCGAGUGCAGGUGUCAAGCUCUGGCAGGGGGCCUCACUAUGAUGAAGCCCUGGCAGGAGCUUCACCAUGACAUGCUUAUGGUGUCUGAUGCUAUUCUUGUCCAUCACUGACAUUUUUUUGUGUGCUUAACAUUUAUCCAAAAGGAACAUACCUUUCCAUGUAAA